AUGGAUUCCAGCGCUUCUCCUGCCCCUAAGCCUGUCCAGGCUCGCCCCACCUCCGCCCUCAACUACGACUCCGAUUCCGACGGCCAGGCCGCCGGUGGCCGUCGUGGUGCUGCCCGUGGCGCCGCCAACAACAGCAAGGGCCAGCUUCUUGUCCCUCUCCCCACCUCUACUGGCCUCGCUGCCCCUGCUGGCCAGCUUCUGAAGGGCGCCACCACCAGUGAUGGCAAGCUGAAGGAUGCCUCCCUGCUCCUAGGUAUCAAGCUCGACCUUGAAGCUGAGGUUCACUUGACUGCCCGUGUCAAGGGUGAUGUUGUUGUCGGUCUGUACUAG